CGCGGCGUCGGGGCCCGGCGCGGCGAGCGCGCGGCCGCAUGGAGUUCCCGGGCCACGGCGGGCGGCUGCUGGGCCGGCUGCGGCAGCAGCGCGAGCUGGGCUUCCUGUGCGACUGCACCGUGCUGGUGGGCGACGCGCGCUUCCCCGCGCACCGCGCCGUGCUGGCCGCCUGCAGCGUCUACUUCCACCUCUUCUACAGGGACCGGCCGGCGGGCGGCCGCGACACGGUGCGGCUCAACGGCGACAUUGUCACGGCGCCCGCCUUCGGCCGCCUGCUGGACUUCAUGUACGAGGGCCGCCUGGACCUGCGCAGCCUGCCCGUGGAGGACGUCCUGGCGGCCGCCAGCUACCUGCACAUGCACGACAUCGCCAAGGUGUGCCGGGGCCGCCUCCGGGAGGACGACCGCGCGCCGACGGCCGCGCCCGCCGGCCAGAGCCCCCGCGCCGUGCCCGCGCGCCGCCCGCCCGCGCCGUCGCCCCGGGCCCCGCGCCCCGCGGCCCCGAGGGCCCCUCCCUGGCCCGCCCCGGGGGCGUGCGACGGCGCCCUGGACCUGUCGCUGAAGCCCGGCCCGAGGAGGCCGGACCCAGCGUCCCCGCGCUCGGAGCUGCAAACGCCGCCGCGGGCGCCGGACGGACGGGACGCACCGUCCGCGCCGCAGGACGGCGGCGCGCGGGCGGCCCCCCGCGGCCCCCCGCAGCCGGCCGGGGCUCCCGGGCCCCCGGGCGCGGCCGACGGGCCCCCGUGCCUGUGCCCCGGCGCGCGCGUGCUGCGGCGGCCCGUCGGCGCCCACUCCCGCGACGGCGCGGCGCCCACCUGCGCGCGCUGCGGCAAGAGCUUCUCGUGCGCCUACACGCUGCGGCGGCACGAGCGCACGCACUCGGGGGAGAAGCCCUACACGUGCGCGCAGUGCGGGAAGAGCUUCCAGUACUCGCACAACCUCAGCCGCCACGCCGUGGUGCACACGCGCGAGAAGCCGCACGCCUGUCGCUGGUGCCCGCGCCGCUUCACGCAGUCCGGAGACCUGUACCGCCACGCGCGCAAGUUCCACGGCGGCCUGGCCAAGUCCCUGCUGCUGUGACCGCGCCGGACCCCCCGCGGCGCCGGGGGAGGCGCUUCCCGCCCCCGGAGUGCCCGGCGGGGUGUCCAGAAGGAACAGGCCCUUCUGGUGGGCGGCGGCCGCAAGCUCUGCAAGGGAGGCUGGGGGGGCAGGGUGCCCGCCGCGGGCGCAGCCACGGGCCGGGAACAUGGGCCGGCCGGAGGGCGCCCCUGAGCCGGUGGCCCCAGGGACCAUGCCGUCCCCCUCCGCCUGAGAGCCCCCCACCCCCGCCCCGGCUGUGCCUGCCAGAUGAUGGGGCGCCCCCAGGCUCCUCCAACGCUGCGACUCCCCCUCCCCCGCUGGGCAGGGGCGGGUCGGCGGCUGCCAGAGAACCCAGCCACCGGGAGAGGCUGCCUCAGUUUGCUUUCAGGGCUUUGGGGGAGGCUGCCCCGUCUUUGGGGGUCCCAGAGGUGGUCGAGACCGUGGUUCUGGGACCCAGCAGAGUCCGGGUUCCGUUCCUUUCUCUGCCGCUGGCACACUUGUCCUUGUGUCUGCCCGUCCCUGUCCAGGCCCCCAGGCCCUUAGGGAUGCCCCCCCCUGGAGGUUCAGGCACUGUGUGGAGUGGGAGGCUGGCCCUCCGAGUGCGGGUCUGAGUGUCCAGCCAGUGGCCUGGCCACACCGGUGCCCACCGGUUCAUGGAGGAAACCCCGGCAUUUCCCAGGGGCUCCCGGGGGAAAGAGGCGAUGGUGGGCCAAGGCAGCUGGGCCGUCCACGCAGCGCUCUGUGAGGGUCAUGCCGGGCAGUGUCCACUCUCAGGGCACUGACUCCGUGCGGAGUGGAGGGGCCCGGGCGGUGUGUGGCGCCUCCUGCAGCCCGUGAUGACCUCUUCCCCGAGGCGGAGGCAGCUGUGGCUGUUCUGGACCUUGAGGGUGAGGGGAUGGGGUCAUUCCGUCAGUGCUGGGGCCUGCCCGUGGGGGACACAAGCCGGGGGGGCUUCGGGAGUCGGGAGCUGCUGCAGCCCUGCCCCCCUCUCCCUCCGCACCCGGUGGUGGGGGGUGACCCAGGGGCUGCUAGCACAGCCUCCCGC